CGACCUUGGGCUCAGACCACUCGGGGCGCGUCUCGCCCUCUGCACCUGGCUCCUUGCCCGCGACCGCCCAGAAGUCCUCCACUCGCCAUGGAGGCCAUGAAGCAGAAGGCCAAGGAGAUGGCGCAGAAGGCGCUGGAAGAGAUGGACUCCCAGGCGGCGGAGAAGAUGCCUGCGAUGAUGAAGCCGUUCAUGCUCUGCAACGGCGGGUCGGCGGUGCGGACGAUGAACUGCAUGGCGUGCGCCCUGCCCGCGGACGCGAAGGAAGGCGCGAAGACCCUGUACGACAAGUACAUGGAUACCAAGAAGAAGGUCGAUGAGGCCUGA